AUGCUCACCAAAUCUAUGGAGUUGCCGACUCUUGAGGAAUUAGAAGUUCCUGAAAUAAAGAUGACGGCUGUUCCUUUGCUUGCCGCUGCUUUGCAUAUGGGCAAAUUUUGUGACCAGCAGUCAAAGGAAUUUAUGCUGUGUAAUCAAGAGCACCAUGACCCACGUAAGUGUCUGAAUGAGGGUAAAGAAGUUACUGCUUGUGGCUUGAAAUUUUUGAAAUUACUAAAAAAGAAUUGUGAGGACGUUUUCACUCCAUACUAUCAGUGCAUCUGGCGAUAUGGUGGAGCUCAUUUCAGUAUCCAAAGUUGUCGCAAGCUGCAGUACGCACUGGACAGCUGUAUAAAGGAGAAGAUGGGCAUUGAGCGUCCGGAACUGGGUCACUUCAACCGCGUCCGCCUCGUCGACACGAAACGUCCACGUCCAGUGCCGAAUCCCGCUCCCAUGCCGGAACGCAUCGCCGAUAUGCCCGACUUCGACGCGAUGCCAGAUCCAGAGAAUUUGGAAAAACGCAGACACAUGAAUGAGGUCAUGGUGUAG